AUGGCACCAAACGAUACUUCCUUCGCGGCCCAUGUCGCCAAUCAGUUCAACUCUUAUGAGACGGAUCGCCAGAUGGACUCCAAGCAGACCAUCUACGCCACCAGCAAUGGCGUACCAAUGCCUCAUCCCUACGAAGCUCAACGAGCAGGCGAGAGUGGCCCUCUCCUCCUCCAAGACUUCCACCUGAUCGACCUCAUCUCUCACUUUGACCGAGAGCGUAUCCCGGAACGAGUUGUGCAUGCAAAGGGAAGCGGUGCCCACGGUUUCUUCGAAUGUACCAACCCUGCAGAUGACCUGACUUGCCUCGAUAUCUGGAGCGCGAAAGGCAAGAGAUGCCCCGUCACAGUUCGAUUCUCUACAGUCGGCGGCGAGGCUGGUUCUCAUGACUGUGCCCGAGACCCUAGAGGCUUCGCUGUCAAAUUUAGGACCGAGGAGGGCAACUGGGAUUUAGUCGCCAACAACACCCCCGUCUUCUUCUUGAGGGACCCGGCCAAAUUUCCACACUUCAUACAUACGCAAAAGAGAGAUCCUUCGACACACUUGACUCAUGCCGACGACUCGACCAUGUUCUGGGACUACUUGUCACAGAACCCAGAGUCCAUCCAUCAAGUCAUGAUUCUCAUGGGUGAUCGGGGCAUUCCCGACGGAUUUCGAUUCAUGCAUGGCUACUCCGGCCAUAGCCUGAAGCUCGUCAAAAAGAACGGUGACUGGGUCUACUGCCAGAUUCAUAUGAAGUCCAUGCAGGGCACCAAGUUCCUAACCCAGGAAGAAUCCGCCACCAAAUCUCCCGACCACUCCCAGAAGGACCUCUACGAAGCCAUCCAGCGUGGUGACUACCCUAAGUGGUCAGUCGAGAUCCAAACCAUGACACCCAAGCAAGCCGAGGAGGUCUGGGCCAAGCAAGGCAUCAACGUCUUUGACUUGACCCACGUAUGGCCUCAAAAGCAAUUUCCCUUGCGCAAAGUCGGUGAAUUCACCCUGAAUGAGAACGCCGUCAACUAUUUUGCCGAAGUCGAGCAAGCCGCAUUCAGCCCCUCCCACAUGCCUGCCGGUAUCGAACCGUCAGCCGACCCAGUCUUGCAAUCCCGUCUCUUCUCCUACCCCGACACCCAUCGUCACCGCGUGGGUGCAAACUACCAACAACUCCCCGUCAAUGCCGCCCGCACGGCCUUCAAGUACGGCAAUUUCCAACGCGAUGGCCCCAUGGCAUUUUACAACCAAGGAGGCCGGGCCAACUAUCUCUCUUCCAUCGACCCUAUUCAAUUCCGCCAAAGAACCAUUGAUUACGACAAGACGCAUGGUCAUUUCCAAGGUCAUGCCAUCACCUUCCUCUCCCAGAUCCGACCAGAAGACUUCAAUGCCCCACGUGCCUUGUGGGAGAAAGUCUGGGAUGAACCUGCACGCCAACGAUUCAUCAAAAAUGUCACUGGUAAGAUGGAAGUCUGCCGGGACAAGGAGGUCUUGAAGCGGCAAAUUACCAUCUUCCGUGAAGUUAGCGAUGAUAUCGCUCAGCGGUUGGAAAAGGCGACAGGAAUCAAGGGUUAUGAUGGUAUUAAGAAUAUGAAAUUUAAUGGAACUCAUAACGGCAUGAGUUUGGAUCCAGGAAUUAAGCAGGCCAACGGCGUCAAAGUCACCACGUUUGGGAAUGACAAUAACGGAGUCCCGACCCAGGGUUCACACGACAGCAUCCCGAAUGUUGCAUAG